AUGUCUGGCGGGUCGCAGCACAACCCUAAUGGUAGACAAUCGCAAAUCGGAUCGGGUUGGAGCCCCUUGCAGGUGUUACAGGUGGCGAACCUCUUGGCGCGGGCUCCUCAGGCCCACAUGGCGUCCGAACGCGGCGUGACGUGGCACACGCCGACGCCUCCGCCCCAUCUCUACCACGUGCCGGCGCCUUCGCCCCCGGACCCCUUGCAAGCGAUGAAGAGCGGAGCCAACUCGGUGUUCCGACACACGGCGACACCGCCCGAGCUCUACCGACACACGCCGACACCGCCCGACAAACAUUUGCUAAGGCAUACUCCUUCACCAGGCGAUGUCAAGGCGGGUGCUGCGUUACCUCCAGCAGACCUCUAUCCACAUUUAGCGCCAGGGAGAGAGAAAAUGCUCCGUGCAGAGGAGCUUCUCGCGUACGCGCGCGGCGGGGUCGACCUGACGGUGGGCCCGCGCGGCGCCAACGGCUCGCCCGCGCCGUCGCUGUCGGUGCGGGACGCGCCCACCAUCAACAACCUGAUCGCGCGCGCGGCGCCGCUGCCGCGCCCGGCGCACGCGCGCGUGGACGCGCUGCUGGAGCGGCUGGCGGCGGCGCCCGCGCCCGCGCCCGCCAGCCCGCACUCCGUCAUCGUGCACUCGCGCGCCGCGCCCACGCCCUCGCCGCCCUCCUCCAACGAGGAUUCGGCGGAUUCAUGCGGAGCGCCUCCAGGAUCGAAAAGAAAACGGAAACCUGAGCGUACGCUACGUGUACCCGUGCCGCCUCCGCCACCCCUGGAGCUACCCCGGCCCGCCUCUCCACCUCGAGUUUCGCCGCUAACUACACAACCGCCUCUCGAAAAUGGUGACACGGUACAUUCAACCCAGAACGGACCAGAGAAACCACCCACACCGCAACCACCCGAACCCCACGCGAGAAGAAAAACUCGGUCCGGCUCAGCAGAAACAAUAGACGACAUAGCGGCGAUGAUUGCCAGUACGGACGCGGAACGAAGGGACCCGACCACGGAACCGACGCCCCCGCCGGAACCUGAACCCGAAACGCCAGUCACGGUAGAUAAAUUAAAGAGCGUGUUAGCCAGCCCCGAACCAGAAGUAACCCCCGAAGUGACACCCGUACCCGAAAAACCGCCAACGCCUAUAAUGCCCGAGCCGGAACAAAAAACGUCUCCACAAAAAUCGCCACCACCUAAAAAAGAUGAACCGGAACCACCCCCAGCGACAGCGGCGGCGCCGAGACGGAGAAGCGCUAGGACGUCGAACUCGGAAUCAACUAAUGUACCGGUGGAGUCGCCUUCCGAAGCGAAACCAGCCGAACCAGAGACUAGUGAAGCAAGAAGCGCCGAACCGACGGCUGCUAGCUUCGUCGAAGUCGAAAAUCAAUUGGAGAAAAUGUUUGCUGGAAUAGAAGAGGAACCGGCUGGAACGGAACCGGGGGAGGAUGGCACAAAUGAAAAGAAACAAACAGCCAAAGCGAGAAAAAGAAGGAAAUCAGCCCCAACAAAAGGUGAAAAAAAGGCUUCGAAGCGAGCGAGUCGUGCUUCAACAGGAGACGAAGCUCCAAGACGAAAAACUGCCAGAAAAAAAGUUUCAAAAAAGAAGGAAACUCCAGUGAAAGACGCUUAUGACUCGGGCAGUAAUGCAAGUUCGAGUAGAUCAAGAGGACCGUACAUACAGAUUGUCGGGCCCCGUGAUUCCCCAGUAUCGGUAUCAGUCGUCAAUGCAUCAGCGAGUGCAACCGAAGAGGAGCGAAGGACGGCCGACGAGUGGCGCAACGGUCUGCGAGCGAGGGGUCUGCACGCCAGUACGCUGGGCCUGCGGUACGACGCCUCGACUCCUGACGCGUCGUGGCUCUGUGCCUUCUGUGAGCGAGGCUCUCACGCGGCUGGCCUCGGAGACCUGUUCGGACCCUACGCUAUUGACACUAAUUGUGAAGAAUUUAGAUCCUUGGACGAAGCGUCAAAACGGCGGUUUGCGUCAUCAUCAGGAGGUGCAGAAGUCUGGUUCCACGAGGCUUGCGGUGUGUGGGCACCGGGACUGUUGGCAGCGGGCUCCCGGCUGUGGGGCCUGGCGAGCGCUGUGUGUGGGGCCCGGUCGGUCCGGUGUGGCAGCUGUGGGAAGGCUGGGGCGGCCCUGACGUGUGCUACUCGCGCAUGUAGAGCGACCACACACCUGCCCUGCGCGGAGGCUUGGAGCCUAUUAGAAGAUUUCCGCGCCCUUUGCCCGCGCCAUGCACACGCCUAG